CAACGUUUCAAAAUGGAAAAAUGCCGUGCCUCCUCUAGGAUAAUCAUAAUCGGAGCAGGAGUUUCGGGCAUAGCCGCCGCCACUCGACUCCUGCAAAACAAUUUCCAGAAUGUUCAGAUCCUGGAGGCGGAGGAUCGCAUUGGCGGGCGGAUCAACACCGUGUAUUUUGGUGACAACGUCAUCGAUUUGGGAGCCCAGUGGUGUCAUGGAAAGCAGCAAAAUUGUGUAUACGACAUGGUCAAGGAUAUGGGUAUCCUGCACGAGACAGGCGACUAUUACAGUCCCAUAAAGAGGGUGAGAUCCAACAAGGAGGUGGUUCCACAUGAGUUGGCCUGCAGGAUUCACGACAUUGCUGUGAAGAGCAUGCCGAGUGGACCUCACCCGGUUGUGGGAUCCUUUGGCACCCACCUGACUCAGACCUUCUGGCGCAAGAUCGAGUCCGAGCUACCCCAAGUGAAUAGGGAUGUGGCUAGUGAGGCCUUGAAUACAUUUGCGAAGCAUGAAAGCUCUAUUAUUGGUGCGGACAAUCUUUUCGAGGUCUCCGUUAGGGAACACAUCGAGUACCACGAAUGUGAUGGCGACAAGCUGCUCCACUGGGGAACGAAGGGUUACCGGCGCUUCCUGCGGCUGCUGAUGAAGGUCAGCGCGGAUACGCCAGAAGAGCUGGGUCUACUGGAAGGACGUAUUCAACUUGAUAUGAAGGUCAUCAAGAUUGAGUUGGCGUGCCCCCGUAAGGUAAUCCUGCGCUGCCAGGAUGGGGAUUACUUCGAGGCGGACCACGUCAUCUGCACCGUUUCCCUGGGAGUCCUGCAGGAGCAGCACGAGAAACUGUUCGUCCCGCCGCUGCCCGCAGCCAAGGUGAAUGCCAUUCGCAGCCUCACCCUGGGCACUGUGAACAAACUGUAUUUGGAGUAUGAGAAGCAACCUCUUCCUGACGGCUGGGUGGGUUUCUUCUGCUUUUGGCUGGAAGAGGAUCUGAUAGAGCUGCGAAAGACGGAAUAUUUCUGGGUGGAGGGUAUAACCGGUGUACACAUGAUCACUUGUCAGCCCCGAAUGUUGAUGGCCUGGGUGAAUGGUCCGCAUGGACGCCACAUGGAGACCCUGUCCGAUGAGAAAGUCCUUGAGGGCUUGUACUGGCUUUUCCGAAAGUUCCUCACUUUCGAAAUUCCGCCGCCAAAGCGUUUCGUUCGCAGCUCGUGGUUUUCGAAUCCGAAUUUCCGUGGCAGUUGGAGUUAUCGUGGAGUUAUGGCCGAUGAAAGGAAUACGGGCCCCUGGGAUCUAGAGUCUCCUGUGUUGGGCGAAGAUGGUCAUUUAGGCCUCCUUUUUGCCGGAGAAGCGUCUAGCAGGAAUCACUUUUCCACCGUUCACGGAGCUGUGGAGGCGGGCUAUCGGGAGGCAGACCGGCUCAUUGAUCAUUACACCUCAUGCAGUGUCAGUGCCUGAAAAAUAUAUUUUUUUAUCGU